AUGCGGCCCUCGACACUAUUCGGCAGCUUGGCUGCGCUGCUUCUGUCGCCGGUGAGCGAUGCCGCGCUCACGACGGUGACGAACUGGGGCAGCAAUCCGACGAAUCUAGAGAUGCAGAUCUACUUGCCAAAGAAACUGGCAGCCAAGCCCGCUGUGGUCGUAGCUCUCCAUGGAUGCGGCGGGUCCGGACAGCAAUACUACCAACAGGCCAACUACGGCUCCUACGCCGACGACAAAGGGUUCAUCGUCAUCUACCCGAGCUCCAAGAACGACAGCAACUGCUGGGACGUGUCGUUCCCCAGGACGCUCACGCACGACGGCGGCGGCGACAGCGAGGGCCUGAGCAACAUGGUGUCCUACCUGGUGCAGAAGUACAAUGCCGACCCGGCCAAGGUCUACGCGACCGGCUCCUCGUCCGGGUGCAUGAUGACCAACAUCCUGCUGGCGGUGUACCCGGACGUCUUCUCGGCGGGGUCGUGCUACUCCGGGGUCGCGGCCGGGUGCUUCGCCGGCUCGCCCGGCAACAGCCCGACCACGUCGAACCGCACCUGUGCCAACGGGGACGUGAACAAGUCCGGCGCCGAGUGGGCGGCCCAGGUCCACGCCAUGUACCCGUCGUACAAGGGCGCCUACCCGCGCAUGCAGACCUUCCACGGGACCGCGGACACCCUCGUCUACCCGCAGAACCUGUUUGAGCAGCUGAAGGAGUGGUCGGCGCUGCUCGACGUCUCGUGGACCAGGAACAACACCAACACGCCCUCGAGUGGGUACACGCAGAUGGUGUACGGCGACGGGACCAAGCUGGUGGGCUACCUUGCUCAGGGGGUCGGUCACACGGUACCGGUCCACCCGCAGAUGGACAUGAAGUGGUUUGGUCUCCUAUAG